ACACUCGUCACGCAGGUACAUCCACGGUACAGCCUCGGCGAAAAAAGUGUAUAGUCUAAAUUAUUUCGAGCAUUAUUUUGACUAAAUAACGUUGCAAUAUUGUGCCCAGUGCGUUGGGAAAGAUGACGCGCAUAACUAGAAGUGACAUAUCACUCGAUAUGGAAUGCUGGGUCGAGGAGCUAUCACCAGCACAGUUAGCCUAUUACGAGAAAAUUACAAACGAGCACAACGCUGUAAAAAAUGCGCUUAAGUCCGCCGUCAGUGCCAAUGAGGGCAAGGAGCUGUUUAAUGGUCAAGUGUUUCAGGCAUACUCCUUCAAAGGUAAGGUGCUGCAGGAGCUGAAGGAGGCUACGUUGCCAAAGAAGCCACCAAAGCCAGAAGUAGCACCCCCAGCUCCAGCUGCUGCUACUGGUGGCACUGGCUCAGGGCGGGGGCGUGGUCGACCUCGUCUGUCCUCGAACAUUGCCUACUUGGAGUCGUCAGACGAAGGCGAUGACGAUGUGCCGCUGGCUAAGCGUUUAGCCCUAUCUGCCGGUAAAAAGGCUGUUGCAGCAGCGGCGCCGGCCACAUCGAAAGCAGGAAAAAAAUCUGCAAGUGCUGCUGUAUCGCCCUCUGGGAAGUCUUCGCCACAACCCAAAGGCGGCAAAGGAUCCAGUUUGGGAUCUAGUGGCAAGUUAUUAGGCUCUGGCGAAGCUCCGCCCAAGAACUUCCGUCCUGCAGAGGUUAAUUCAGUAGGUGGUCUGGUAGUGGGCAGCAACGAUGACAGCGCGAGCAAAGAUGGCAAGGAUGCUAAGGAUGGCAAGGAUACAAAAAUGCAGGGCAAAACAUAUCCAUCGCUGGUUGUGCUGGCAAAGCCAUUCCUCAAGGUUAAAGAUAUGGCAGCCACGCGCAGCAAACUGGAUUCUAAGGUCAAACUCGUGUUAAUGCUGACACCCAAUAAGUUCUGCGAAUGGUUGCUUCAAGAAGGGCUGCUGCGUGCACAGCAGCACUGCAUUAAUCAUCGAAAUAACGAACUCAAGUUAGGCGUUUAUUCUGAUAUCAGCAAGUUCCCGUAUACUGGCGGCUAUGUGUGGAUCAGCGAAUGCUGCCCAUAUCGGUUCGUCUCGGUGUUCAACAAUUCGAUAUUCGAAGGGGCUCAGCAUCCGCCAACAUUUCUGCUCAAGCUUAUAUACCACUGGGCCUGCCAGACUAGCAUCCAGAACGUUGUGCAGUGGGUGAAGGUAGACAGCGUCUACAUCAAAGGCAUUUACACGUGGCUACGUGCUAUUUGCACCCUAGCGGUGCAUCAAAAGUGCAAAAAACUAGGUGGUCCCGGCAAAUUUGUGGAGGUGGGCGUCAUCUCGUUGGGCACCACGUCGCAGGAUGGCGCACAACGUCAAGUGAAGGUGGAGGUCCUUGGCGUCUACGACUAUGCGGAUAAAUCCAUACGGCUGCGUGCCGUAGAGCCAAUUACUGAUGGUGAUCGCAACUAUAAGAAACGCUUUCAGGCUAUUUUAGAGCCGCUUUCCCGUUGGGUGCACAAGGACAGCACAAUUUGCAUAGAUCUGACUGUAGAUAAGAUAACUCUGUUUAGCAUGGGCUUCAAGAACAUUGUACAGGCUGCAGCGACUGACAAUGCAGCAAAGCAUAAUAAUUCGGCGGUCAUGGAAUACUUACGUCGCAUUGUGCCGCGCAUGUUCCAGAAUACCCUUUCCUUGCUGUCGCGCCAGAUGAUACAACAGUUCCUCGAUGAGCUGGUCUGGCGCGAAUCUUUUGGAACGUAUGCACUACAAGCAUUCAAUAAUAUCAUCAUACACAUUGCCGAGCAGACACGCGUGACCACCAAUGAGACCAUUACACAACGCUUGUAUCAGGUUGCAACGAAUCCGUUUAAAGACUGGAGCGUACUGCCUCCCAAUUACAAGGAGACACCGGCCAAUGCCACUCCUAAACGCCUCAAGAAACCUAUCAGUGAUUCAGACUACGUGAAUGCAAGCAAGGAAUAUUCAAAUAAAGUGAAGAAGGAAAAGGAGCGUGAAAAGGAAAAGGAUAUUUUGCCAGCGGGAAGCAAGCGUCGUGGCACCGUCAGCACACCUCCACCUGUUGCAGUAGCUAAGCCGGCUACCAAGGCGGCUGGCGCUAAGGUGGCAUUAAAACCUGGACCUGCUAAAACGAAUACGCCGGUUGCUCCGCCGGCCAAAGUGCCGGUUAAGAAGCCUAAGGAGACAAAAGAGGAGAAGGAGAAGGUGCCUGUGGUUAUCAAAAAGGAGGAAGACGAGCUCAAGGGCCUUGAGGAACUGUAUUACGGCAUUAGCGAUGGCACCGAAGAGUUUUACGAGCAUUUUCCGUAUAGCUCGCCCCGAGCUAAUCCAGCGGAGCUAACCAGAACAGUGGAGUGUCCAAUUUGCUUGAACGGCGAAACCUACGAUUCCAACGAAAAGCUGCAGACUCAUCUGGUGUCGCACAUCUCGCCCGAGGGCAAACAACACCAGUUCCAGUGCCUGUUUUGCUUGGAGAAACACGCAACCGAAUCUGUGCUGGCCAAGCACAAUCAAAUCAUGCAUCCUACCGAAACGAAGACAGAUGGCUCGCCAUCCUAUCAUUGCUUGAUUUGCCAGCAGCGCCACAACUCUCUGCAUCUACUUACCGCUCAUUUACAGAAGGUGCACAGCACUCUGGAACUGCCGUACUGGUGUCACUCCUGCGGCUAUCGCUCCUCCUCGCAUCGCGAUCUGGUGCGUCACUUUUACGACGACCACAAGAACCAAAACUUUUUGCAGUGUCCCUACUGUCUCGAUAUCUUUUACUUCACGCACAAGGGCAAGGUCAAUCAACUGCGUGUUGAGCAUUAUUUUAUGCAUUUGGAUGAGCAUGUGAACAAGCGUGAUCCGUCGUUGCGCUGCCAGAAAUGUUCUCUGAGCUUCUUGGAGAAGGGCGACUUGAAGCAGCACUCAGUCAUGCAUCACGUCAGCAUGACCAAGACGAACAAGCCAGUUCGCAUGCUGUUGAACAAUUCUCUUCUGAUUCCGCCGCCCAAGGUUCGCACUCAUCAUCGCGAGCAGCCGCCGUUCUCGACGUACAAGCGACCAGUUUUCUUUGCUUUCCUUGAGGGCAAAACGUGCGCAGAGUGCAACACGGAUAUCGCCAGUGAGGAGACGCAUUACACCGGUUGGCUGCACUGCGUCAAGUGCAAUUAUCAGACAUGCUGCGAGCGCGCUCAGUUCCGGCAUGGCGUGGAUUGCAAUGGUAAUUUCGUGGAUGCCAUGGAAGUAAAUAUGCCGCAGGAGAUGCACUGCAUCUGUGGCUUUGCAACCAGCAAUGGCAACAAAAUGGCACAGCAUUUGGCUAGCUGUGGUCUGAGCACCUGUUACCCCAGCGUAGAGGCGGCCAACGAGAAUGCCGUCAAGCGUAAUAUGCUGGAUAUGUUGGGUCUGGUUCGUCGCGACGGCGAAACGUCAGGAGAGGGCGGUGAAAUAGGCGAUGAUGCUAUGGAUGACAAUAACGAUAUGCUACCAACACCAGAAGAUGGCCAACAACAACAGCAACAGCUGGAACAGCAGCAGCAACACCCAACGCCAAUACAAUUUGGCGAAAUGGAGGCAGCGCCUGUCAUGCUGGAUCCCCAAGUUCAAGCAGCCGCCGACUACGCUCAGGUGUCUGUGGUGCAGCAGCAACAGCAACAUCACCAACAGCAGCCAUAUGCAAUGACUGGCUACGGCCAGACCGCGCUCUCCACAGAUAUUGAUAUGCCGCUAAUUGGUGAGCUAGCUGAACCCAAUGCGCCGCCAACACCCCAGUUUCUCGGUGAGGUCCACACUCCCAUGUUCGAUGCAGUGGCCGCAGCCGAGCAGCAACACUAUCAUGCCCAGCAGCAACAGCAGCAGCAGCAGCAGCAUCUUCAACAUCAUCAUCACCAUCACCCCCAAUGAUACAAGGCGAUGGGCAAGCUUAAACCACGCGAUUAUACGCUGCCUUGGCAGAAUUACUAGAAAUAACUUCACCAAUUUACAAACACACAUUCAUGUAUAUUGUUGAAUAUAAAUUGUAUUAAAUUACAUACAUUACAAUUUUGUAGAUGAGCAUCAAAAUAUUGCACAGUAAAUAUUGAUCGACGCUUGUAAAACUUUAAAAACAUAACUGUAAUUGUCAAUAUGCAACUCAUAAAAA